AUGGCCUCUGUAGCUCUACUUUCUUCUCAUCAUUCUCCGAAUCUCUUGCAAUUACCGGUUCGCUACCCGCAAUUUCAUCUUAUUUUAACGGGGAUUGAACCAUCGCAGUCAAAAUGUGAGUUUUCUGGAAAAUUGUUGUUGUUGCAAAGGAGUAAGGAUUUCCUGCGCUCGUUUCCAGUGAAGAAAGGUGCAAUUAAGUGUUUUUCGGAAUCCAAGGAGAGAGAGAGUGUGACGGAAGUAAUAAAUAAGUAUGGGGGUGAUUUACUCGGUGAUGACGUUUCUGAUGGGGAGGUGAUUGGUCAGGAAUUCUCCAACGUUCCAGUUGGUUCGGUGAGGAGUCCGAUCCCGAAUUCUGUCUCUGGGGAUUCGUUGAAUCUUGGAAUUCGUGAACCUGUCUAUGAGGUUGUGGAAGUAAGGUCAGAUGGUAAUGUAUCUACCAGAAAAAUAAUGAGACGACACUUGUUGAAGUCAAGCGGUCUCCGUCCUCGAGAUAUUAGGAGUGUUGAUCCAUCAUUGUGGUUAACCAACUCAAUGCCCUCUUUGCUGGUACGAGAGCAUGCAAUUUUGCUGAACUUGGGCUCUUUGCGAGCGAUAGCAAUGCAAGAAAAUGUUUAUAUAUUCAACUAUAAUCGUAAAGGUGGAAAAGCUUUUAUUGAUGUGUUGUUACCCCGCCUAAAUCCAAAGAACAUGAAUGGAGGAGUAGGACCAUCAAUGCCAUUUGUCCUUGAGGUGGUUGAAGCAGCACUCCAUUCACGGAUACAGCGUUUGGAGCAGAGAUUAUGGGAAUUAGAACCACGUGUGCAAGCUUUACUUGACGUUCUGCCAAACAGAUUGACAGGUGACAUAUUGGAGGAACUUCGAAUUAGCAAGCAGAGUUUGGUUGAAUUGGGCUCACGAGCGGGGGCACUCAAACAAAUGCUGCUUGAUAUUCUUGAGGACACACAUGAAAUACGACGUAUUUGUAUUAUGGGAAGAAACUGUACUCUUCAGAAAAAUGAUGAGAUGGAAUGCUCUGUUCCCCUGGAAAGGCAAAUUGCAGAGGAGGAGGAAGAAGAAAUUGAAAUGCUUUUAGAAAACUCUCUCCAAAGAUGUGAAUCUUGUCAUGGUCAGGCAGAGAGGCUUCUUGAUUCAGCGAAAGAAAUGGAAGAUUCAAUUGCAGUUAACCUUAGCUCUCGGAGGCUUGAGGUAAGCAGAGUGGAACUUCUUCUUCAGGUUGGAACAUUUUGUAUUGCAGUUGGUGCUCUAGUUGCAGGUAUAUUUGGCAUGAACUUGAAGUCCUACCUUGAGGAGCGUGCGUUUGCAUUUUGGAUAACCACUGCAGGAAUUAUUGAAAAGGAAAAUACUAUAAACACAAUAAUAGAACGAUGUCAUUUUUAUAGGGAACCAUGGAGACUGCUGACUGCUAAGCAAGGAGAAACGGAGAGAUGA